AUGGCUGCGCUGGCUCAGAGCGUCCUCGUGACGGGGUCCAACCGGGGCAUCGGGCUGGAGCUGGUGAGGCAGCUUGCUGCAAGACCCCAGGCCCCCCAGCACAUCUUUGCCACCUGCCGUGAACCUGAUGGACUGAGUGGGAAGGCCCUGAGAGAAUUAGCUGCCCAGCACCCCAGCAUCAAACUGGUCCAGCUAGACACAGUGAGCUUGCCCAGCAUCCAAAGGGCAGUGCAGGCUGUGCAGUCCCAUCUGAAGGGCCAGGGCCUGAACCUGCUCAUCAACAACGCAGGCGUCAGCUCCCGUGCCACGCUGCAGUCUGUGGAUUCACAGGAGAUGCUCUCUGCGUUCACCACCAACGUGAUCGGGCCCCUCCAGGUCACCAAGGAAUUUCUGCCCCUCUUGGAGAAGGCGGCAAAGGGCCAGGGGAAGGAGGGCCUGAGCUGCAGCAGGGCCGCAAUCAUCAAUGUGUCCACCAAAGUGGGCUCCAUUGGGCUGUGCCUUGGGGUGCUGGAGGCCCCGAUGUACCCAUACCGUGCCAGCAAGGCUGCACAGAACAUGAUGACAAGGUGCAUGGCCGCAGAGCCCAAAGACAAGGGGAUCUUGUGCACAGCGAUCCAUCCCGGCUGGGUGAAGACUGACAUGGGGACAGAGAAGGCCCCUCUGACUGUGGAGAACAGUGUACGGGGCAUCCUAACCGUGCUGGCCAGCCUCUCGCAGGACACCACCAGUGCCUUCCUCGACUGGGAAGGAAACAGCGUGCCGUGGUGA